AUGAAGUUCACCGCCGUGCUCUUCACCCUUGUCUCCCUACAGGGCAUCCUAGCCGCUCCAGCCGGUAAGCUAAAGCUAUGCGAGACUGAACGCUGGAAAUGUUUCCGAGGACUUACGAGCAUGCCUAAUAUAGCUUGGGCCGAAGCAGAGGAGGCUGAAGUCACCAAACGUGAUUCCGAUAUCGACAACAGGAUCUACGGUAGACCAUGGAAGUACGCGAAGCGCGACUCUGAGGUCGAUAACCGUAUCUAUGGAACGCCCUGGCGAUACGCCAAACGCGACUCCGACAUUGACAAUAGAAUUUACGGCAGGCCCUGGAAAUAUGCGAAGCGGGAGGAGGCUGAGGCUGAAGAGGUGAAUGAGGCCCAAGAGGCCCAGGAGAUUGAGAUGGAGCAUGCCGAACAUUUCUAG